AUGGCUCUGCCCCUAAUAGGAGAGCUGGCUCUCAAUACUUCGGAAAGAUGGCCCUACUCCUCUAUAGCAUGUGGGAGAGCUGGUCGCACUCCUCACUGGAGGGGAGAGGUCCCAGCAGCCCGGACUGACCAGUCUGCAGCCAACCAGAUACAGAUGCAGGCCUUGGAGCUCCCACACUCCAACACUGACCCCAUCUAUGACCUGCUGGAGUGUGAGAAUGGACUGGGGCUGCAGAGCCAUGGCCACAUGGUCUACAAGACCAGGGGCAACAGUGUGACAGGCCAGAAUGAGUCUUUCAACCUGGACAUGGCUCCCAAUGCAUUUGAUGAUCAGUAUGAGGGCUGUGUCGAAGACAUGGAGAGAAAAGCACCCCAGCUGUUACAAGAAGACUUCAACAUGAAUGGGGAUUUAAAACUUGAGUGGGAAAAGGCAGAGCAACGAUGGAAGGAGAUAAAAAAUACAACGAGCACUCCCGAAGGUUUCCAAGAUUCCCAUGGAACAGCUUUAGUGGCCUACACCGGGAACAUCCAUGAAGGUUUUAACAGAGCUGUUAGAGAAUUCAAGAAAAAUCCCGGUAACUUCCAUUACAAGGCCUUCCACUACUACUUAACAAGAGCUCUUCAGCUUCUGAGUAACCAGACUUGUCACUCAGUUUAUCGAGGAACCAAGAACAAGUUUCAUUACAGUGGGGAGGGCUCUGUGCGGUUUGGGCAGUUCGCUUCCUCAUCUUUGGAAGAAAGAGUAGCUCUUUACAGCUUUGGUGGUGCUAGUGGGACACUGUUUACCAUCAGAACCUGCUUGGGGGCUGACAUAAGUGAAUUUUCCUACUACCCUAAACAAGAGGAGGUGUUAAUUCCAGCCUAUGAAGUAUAUCACAAUGUCACCAAAACAGCAAGUGGAAAGGGGUAUGACAAUAUUUCUCUGCACUCCCUCCAAAUAAAGAAGAGCAACUUCAAUUGCUACUAUAGCGGUUCUGCCAACAACAGUCAUUUCAGCAGCUCAGGUGAGUCUGGGUCUGUGUUAGAGGUGGAGCUUGUGGGGGACAUCAUGAAAUGGAAGAGGGGGGCUCCCUAUCAGAAGACACCUGCAACCCUGCUGCUUGUGGUGCUCCCUGGUCUCCUGGUCCAGCUGCUGUUUCCUCUUGCUGAGCUGUAG